CUGACCGGAAGAUAUGAAUCGAAAGACACGUAGCAUUUUGACAUCAUAUCCGUCAAAGAGAAGUUUAUAAACAUUCCUUAAUAAAAUAGAAAGAAGAUUACGUCAGUUUAAACUUUGAUGACUCAGAUGUGGACUGAUGGUCUCCAUGGGUAGGAGAAAUCGCAGAUGGAGAGCUGUCGCCUGGUUUUUUGUUACUUCGCUUGGAGCGCUCCUCUACUCCAUAAAAUGCAGCAAUGCAACUAGCGAUUCUUUGUACAACAGCGAUCACAGCCAUGAACAUGGUGAUGAAGCUAAAAGAUUUGUCACCAAUGCCGAUGGCGGGACCUGCAGCAGGCCUUCCAAACAAAAAUUCCUAAUCCUGGUCAGCACUUUAGAUGGACGGCUGUCUGCCCUGGAUGUCUUAGACAAUGGCAGACUUCACUGGACUGUUUCAAAUGACCCUCGACCCCUCUUAUCCUCCAGUAUUAGCAACCUUGAUAUAAGUCAGAAUGGUGUAAGAAAAAGACUGAUCCCGUCGUUGGAUGGUACUCUGUACCAGUAUGAUGGAGAAAGCAUUGAAGCCAUCCCAAUGACGGCUGACGCCCUUCUCAGCUCCUCGUUCAAAGUGUCCGACAGAACCAUGAUGGUGGGUGGAAAGGACAUCAGUUCCUUUGGAAUGGAUCCAGUUACAGGAAAGCUGCGGUAUUUCUGUACUGCUGAGGGAUGUAAAGUUUUGGAGAGUGGCGACCUAAAUGAUCAAGACAUGUUAGUAGUGACCAAGAGUAUGCAGACUGUCCGGUCAGUGGACCCCAGGAACGGGAUUGAAAAAUGGAACUUCAGUGUUGGAAACCAUCAGAUAGAAAUGCUUCCCGGAGACCAGAAAUUGCAUGAUGCAACACCACUGGAAGAGAAGGAGGAUAUUGGAAUUAAAGCAUGUCCUAAUGAUGAAACACCGGAAGCUUUAGACACAGAAGACUCUAUUAAAAUCAUAGUACCAGAGGGAAUGGUGGUUGCCCUUAAUCCAGAGAAUCCUGAUGUUGUGGACUGGAAGCACAAGUUUGACAGUCCAGUGGCCAAAGCCUGGAUAUUAAGGAACGGAGUUCUGAAGUCAAUCAGUGUGUUUGACAAUAAACACAUUCCAGCGUUGUCCGGAUUUGAAAACACAAAAGAGGCAGCAGCAAGCCAACCUCUACUCUAUGUUGGUAUGCAUCAGAGUCAGCUCUAUGUACAGCCCUCCAUGCACAUGCAGGAGAAUGUCAUGAAUGCAGCUCACCAUUCCCGUGGCAAUGUCCUUCGUGUUCCUAGGGUUGCUUGGAAACCACUUAUUAACACUGCGCCUUCAAGGACCCCUACAUUCCGUGGAAAUCGUAGAGAUCCCAGCAGUCUGCCAUUGAUAGCCAAUGGAGAAGCGAGAGACGACGAAACAGGGCUUACUGUAUGGCAUGAAAACUAUCCAUUUGAUAAUGGUUAUUACUUGUACCCAGACAUUAUACUUCCUGCAAAUUUCUGUGAUGCGUUAAACGAGACUGCGGAGAGUAUGCCCAACGUGAUUUACAUGUCUUUGUGGUACUACUGGAAAGAAGUAUUAGCCAUCAGUAUCCUGACAUCUGUUUGUCUGAAUUUGACCAUCUUAAAGAUCAGAAGAAUAUACAAAAAGAAACAUAUGAAUGUUGAAAAAGAAAUGAGUGCAGAGAGCCUCAGGACUCUAUCAAGUGAAAAAUUGGACAACGUGGAAAAAAGAGGUGACCUUUACGAGUCAAGGUACAAGGCCGAUUUUGACCAGUUACAGGUGCUUGGUAAAGGUGGGUUUGGCAUCGUGUUUGAGGCCAGAAAUAAAGUGGAUGAGUGUUGUUAUGCCAUCAAGAGGAUUACACUGCCAACAAAUGAGCAGUCUAGAAAUAAAAUGAAGAGAGAAGUCCGAGCACUAGCCAAACUUGAUCAUCCUGGAAUUGUUCGGUAUUUCCAAGCAUGGGAGGAAACUCCGCCAGUUGGAUGGCAGGAAAAUAGAGAUCAGGAAGCGUUUGACAGUGAGUGCACUAGUAUUCCAACACCAUGCAACUCCACUACCAAUUUCAUACCUAAAGAUUCGAAAGGACCCGAUAGCAUUCACAUAGUAUUAGAUAAUGGCAUACAGAAAAAAGAUAGCAAUAACCCAUUUGGGGGUGGCAUUAACGACGAUCGCUAUGUCAUCACCUCCAAUGAACGGGCUGGAGGAAGCCAAGAAUUUAGUGUAACCGAAGCAAACCUUUCACUGGAAAAAACAGACAGUUCCCGUCGUGUAUUUGGACAGAGGAUAGAAGAAGAGUCAUCUUCAAUAGAAGUGGAAUUUCGUUUGGAUGAUAGCGACGACAGUGGUAGCUUCGCCAACAAUAUAGUACCAUUUUCUGAAUUGACACAUUAUUCAGGAGAUGAUGAAAAUGACUCUUUUAGUAUAGUGUUUGAAGACUCAGGUUGUGCAGACAAAAGUAGUAAGAGUAGCAGCAGUGGUGGUAUAGUCUUUCAGACUGAGAGUAGCCAUAACAAACAUAUUGUAGACAUUCCAAGUGAAUCAGGGGAUUAUAGACCCAAGACCCUGUCUUUAUCAGAACAAAGAUCACACUCUGCCAGAAAGUUGGACAAGUCCAGUGCUGCCACACUGAAGUCCUAUCUGUACAUCCAGAUGCAGCUCUGUCGGCGGGAAACGCUGAAGGACUGGCUUUGUGCCAGCACCAGUGCGCCACGGAGUUCAGAGGCCAUCUGGGAUAUGUUUGGUCAGAUAGUUAGUGCAGUGGAAUAUGUACAUGACAGUGGACUGAUGCACAGAGAUCUCAAGCCUUCCAACAUUUUCUUUUCCUAUGAUGGAGUGAUCAAGAUUGGUGAUUUUGGCCUGGUGACUGAUCAUACAGAUGAAGAGAUGGAGGAAUUCUCUUACGAUUCUAAUCCAUUCCGUAAACACACUUCUCAAGUGGGAACUACUCUGUACAUGAGCCCUGAACAAAUGACGGGGAAGCCUUAUGGACAAAAAGUGGACAUCUUCUCCCUUGGAAUGAUUCUGUUUGAAAUGCUGUAUUCCUUCUCCACUCAAAUGGAGAGGGUCAGAACAUUAAUGGAAAUCAAGAAGAGGAUUUUUCCAGAUGAAUUCACGAAAAGUCAUGAAGAGUACAAGUUUGUGGAGUGGCUGUUAUCAUUUGAGCCAUUACAACGACCCACAGCAGCAGAAAUUCUGAACAGUGAACUACUGGAGAAAUUCCGAGCCCAGCAUCUGCCCAAACUUAAUCGAGAUCGUACCAUAUCAUCUAGUAGCAGUGGGUCUUUGCCACAUGAAUGAAGUAGAUAGUUUUCAAAUUCGUGUUGCAUUUCUACUCACUUCUCGCAUCAAGCAAACAGUAUUGGGGCCACACAAAAUGGCAAAAGGAAAAGUAUUGCAUUUGUUUUUUUCUUUUCUUUAACUAGUUCCUCAAUUUACAAUCAUUUUUUAUUAUGCAUUCAUGGUCUUUGACAUUGAAUAUUUGUUAUCUUUGAUAAGAAUGCAAGGAAAAACACUGCUGAACUAGUUCACAGUCUAAAGCCUGUGAAUUAAUUUAAAAAAUAUAUUAAUGAACGUGGGAGGACAGCAUGAUGCAUGUGGUACUUCGCAGUAAAUAAAAUUCAACAUUCCUAUUAGUAAUUUAACUAUUAUGUAGAAUUAGAGUAUAUGACACAGUGAAGAAUACUGCUGUCCUGAUGUACAAGGUAGUCAGCUAAUCCUGUGAAGUGCAUCUGUUGUAACGGAAUCUCUCUUGCGUAUUACACUUGAUGUGUAUGUUAUCUGCCUAAUUUAUGAAAAAAGUUUAAAAUAGAUAGUUACAUGAUUGAUAAAUAUAUAAAUUUAGGAUAUCUUUUUAGUCAAUAGUUGUUAUUUUUUGAAAUAUGGAAUUAUGUAAUCUAAUUAAAAUUAGAUCUUUGAUCUGCUCAAGUAUAUCGCUACACAAGGAUCUGACGAAACCACAUAUGGGGUUAAAAUCUAGUGACCUUUUAGUCUAACCUUGUGUAGCGAUAUUCAUGAGCGAAUCAAAGGAUCCAAUUUUAAUCAGAUUGUAAAUUAUGAAAUGUCAUAUUAAGUAUUUUUAAUUGUUGUUCAUACCAAAGUGCUUUCAUAGGAUAUUCAAAUAAUUGUUAAAUAUGCAUGUAUUUUAGUUUACUUUCCAGUUGUGAAAAUGGCCUGUAUAUUUCUCUAGCAGUCAGUGAGAGAAUGUGAUUUCUGGAGAAGUGUGUUAUCUGUUCUUUGAGUUGUUUUAUUUUUGCAAUAAUAUAAAACCCAGAAUAAAUUGUUGAUAAUAUUAA